UUUCCACAGUGGCAGUGAUGGGAACCAGACGUCCGUCUCUAAAAGCUCCCCCACACUGUUAUUGCAUGAUAUGGUCAGAUAUACCGCUGCUCGCUUUGUGAUGAAGUUUCGACUUAAAAUUUACUUUAAUUUCUGUUAUUUUAAUCUGUUCUUGGCAGAGCAGACAGGUGUACACAGGACGUUGUAAGGCAAAAUAGACCCCCCAAAAAGUCUUUUUCUGAUUUAUGCCUAGUUUGCCUUAAUGACUGAGUAUUAUAUAAUGGAUAUUAUAUAUAAAAUCUAAAGGCAUUAGGAUUACUGGUGCUUUUGGAUUAGUAGAUGAAAUGAGCACACUAGUAUGUGGACAUGGCCGCCACUGUAAAGAGAUCUGACUCUAUUACCGAGUCAGAAUUGUUUACAGUGGUGGUGAUAGGAACCAGACAUCCACCUCUAAAGCCUCCCUUAAUCUACAACAAACCAUUUCACGUCAAUCCACUCUGAAUGACUUCGUUUACGUCUCUAGGACUGAAUUAUUCAGAACAUUAAAAAAAUGGAUGGAAUUCCCCUUGAACUUGCGUGGCCUUGCGUUUGGGGCUAUAAAUGAAUAAGUAUGGAGAUAGACACGUAAUCUGAUGUAGGCCUUUACUACCCUUUUGCUUUGUCACGGAGCUUAAAGCAAAUACUCUGUUGAUUUAACCAAGGGGGAAAUUGGGAGAUUGACGUAACUACUGCGCAAGCUUUGCAACGCUGGCUUUGUGGGAAAGUUGUAGGCUACAAGUCACUUCAGGAAACAAGAGCUCUUUCUGUGUAAAGCUGAGAAUGAUUGAAACUCUUAGCUCUGUCUAAACCCUGAUCAGCAGACCUCUGUUAUUUUUCCAGACCCCAUGUUGUGGUCAGUCCAAGGGAUGUUGACCCAAUUUGGCCCUUGUCCAAUCUUGGCAUGCUCAUGACCUUGGGGAUAUUGAGCAAAAGGUCAACUCGCCGACAGGUAGUAGUAACGUUAUGUGGUGGUGAAUCGCAUCAAACCUUGCUGCCUUUGUUUGCUCAGUAUCAUUUCGUGUGCAGAGUGAGACCAAAUCACUGAAAGCCAACACCACUGCAUGCUGCUUCCCACCCCUUCAUUUCAUUCCAUUUGUGAAUCAAAAUUCUGAUCACACCCCACAAAGCCAAGUCAAGCAGUGAGGUUGUCGUGUCCCAUUUCCAUCAUUUUUACAGAAAUUCGGCCAACAAAAUGCAGCGUUCGAUGAAAAUGUACUGCACGAAUGAAACGGCAGAGAAGAAACCAGCAUGUCCUGGUCUUGGUCUCCUGUACAGUUUGCUGGCCUCCGUAUUUUUCUCAGUGGCUGCUCUUCUUGUAAAGAAAAUCGAGGGCGUACAUGCUGUGGAAAUCAGUGCAUUACGAUGCCUUUUUCAGAUGUUGUUUGUUAUCCCACCUAUGAUCUACUACAAGACUGGGUUCCUGGGACCACGUGGAAUGCGAGUCUACCUGUUCCUGAGAGGAGUUCUGGGCUCCAGUGCAAUGAUCCUGCUGUACUAUGCUGUGUUCCAGAUGCCCCUAGCCGAUGCCACCGUCAUUAUGUUCAGCAACCCGGUCUUCACAGCUCUGCUGGCCUGGGUCUUCUUGAAGGAACGCUGCACCAUCUGGGAUGUAAUUUUCACAGUCUUCACGCUCACAGGGGUCAUCCUCAUAGCCAGGCCGCCUUUCAUGUUCGGCAAAGAGCUGUCGGGAAUCGAAGGCGAAUACACCAACCACAUCAAGGGCACAGUGGCUGCCUUUAGCGGGGCCAUCGGGGCAGCUUGCACUAUGGUCAUCCUGAGGAAGAUGGGCAAAAACGUCCAUUACUGCCUCUCUGUCUGGUACUAUGCGACGCUAGGGCUCAUCGAGUGUGUCGUGGCCUUGUUCAUCAUGGACGAGUGGACCAUGCCAUCCUGCGGUUGGGACAGGUGGACUUUAAUAUCCAUUGGACUUUUGGGCAUAGUCGGGCAGAUAUUCCUCACCAAAGCCCUGCAGAUUGAAAAGGCUGGUCCAGUGGCACUCAUGAGGACUAUGGACGUAGUUCUGGCUUUUGUCCUGCAGUUUCUCUUCCUCAAUCGCAAGCCAACCUGGUGGAGCGUUGGUGGGGCACUGUGUGUCAUAAGCAGUACUAGUGGGGUGGCGCUGAGGAAGUGGUAUAACAGCACCAGACAGAAAACCUGAGCUGCUUAGUUUUAAAUCUAGAUAUUAUCGUGAAUCAGAUAUGCACUAAUUAGCUUUUGGUAAUUACUAAAUAUCGGUAAUUUGGUACUAUUUUAUACCAAAGAACAAAGCAUAUGUUACCACCAUAGUGGUUUAGUUUGUUUAGGUAAACUUGAAUCACUCUUAUACACUACUUGAGGGACACAAGCAAAAAUGGUCUUUUUAAGUAGGUCUAUGUGUAUUUAUUUUUCUAAAUGAUGAUAUGCUUUAUUAUAUUUAUGAAACCAUAUUAUAAUGGACUGCUGGUCAGAAGAUUAAAAGCUGGGAGAGCAUACGGAAGCGAAAUAUGGCAUAACCUGCAUUUGCACUUGGCCAUUGACGGUGCAGGUGGCAUUACUUUUUGAGUGGCAUAGCCACUUUUAUUCAUUAAAAUAGUGACAUUUAGUUUGUCUCAUUAUCUAGAUGUUUUAUUUAAACAAGUUUGUUAGUAAGAAUGCAGCUGAUACUAUGAGCUACGAGUUCAACUGGGUAUCACGUAAUUUCACUUCAUGAACUUCAGCCUGAACCUUGUCCCAAUGUGCUAUAGGCCUACCAAAGAUUACAGGACGCAAACAUUAACUAGAUGAAAAUUGAUUUAUAGUGUUUCAUUUUUUCAUUUAACAUACUGCACAUUGAGAAGACCAAAGUACAAAUGACUUUUCCGAGGGUUUACUUGCUGUGUUUAAUUUGGAAGAUGAUCAGGAUCUCACACGUCUGUCUACGAUUGACAUGACAUGAUGGCACUUUGCACUGAUCACCUGGUCAGUCUAAACAGAAGCACUUAUAGAAAAUGCCUUGUUUUUUUUUUGGAGAAUACAUCAGUUAAUAAAUGUUGCCUGAAAGACUUUUUUUGCGAUACCAUAUCAAUUCAGAUCAACGUGGUCUACAUGUGCCCUCCAGAAGUUGAUCCCACAACUUUCUAAUAAGAUGGAUUAUUUUAAAAGAUUAGUGGAUUUUACUUUGUGUAUUUAAUAGAAACAGAAGUGAUAUUUUGUUAUACUUUCAAUUCCAGAUUAGAAGCAGAACAGCAGCUUGCCGCUUAUAUAGGUUUUAUAAUGGUGCCGCUUAUCUUUGUGUCAUUCAUCCAGGGGUGAACAUCCACACUGUCAACAGUGAUCAGUUCACGUGAGCCACUUAAGCUGUGAUAUUAACACAGCUAAAUACUGUUUUUAUAUAGUCUUAUUUAGUAAAUAAAAGAUUUAAACCCCUCAAA